UGUGAUUGUUUGCUUAUUUUGAAAGAGAUUUUUGUGCGAAAAAAAGAUUAUUUUCAGGAGGAACGUUCACUGUUGAUCCCACCGUUCACAACAGAUUCACAGCCGCUUGAAAUUCAACAUGACUGCACUUACAAUAUUGUUAUGCAUUCCAGACCAUAUCCCUACGGUGAUUCUGAAUAUUCACCGACGUUCACGUAUACGGUACCAAACUGUGUCGAUGGAUACUGUAGUUGCAGAAGUUGGUUUUCAUUCAUUUUGAAGCGAAUUUCAGCGGGACUUUCAGUUUCGUUUGUUCAAACUUACAAGAAAUCAGAACCUAAUAAAUGUCAGAGCAACGGAAAAUAA